GCGCGCAGGGGCGGCUGUCGCGCGGCGGCCGUAAAGCGCGGAAGGUCGCUCCGGCCUCGCUCCCUCAGAAGUGGUUCCCAGCUCACCUCUGAGCACACCCAGCUUGGGGCUUUUCAGGGCACUGAGCAGCCCCUGCCAAGGAUGUUUCUCCGGGUGCUGUCGGACGUCCGGUGGCGGGUGGCGAACCCCAGGUGGAGGAGAGUGACCUGCUCCCAGAGAAGCACCUCCAGUACAGCAGAACCUCAGCAGGUUCCCUUGCCAGCACAGGCACAGGUUGUCAUCUGUGGUGGUGGAAUCAUGGGCACCUCCGUGGCGUAUCACCUCUCCAAGAUGGGCUGGAAGGAUAUAGUCUUGCUGGAGCAGGGCAGGUUGGCUGCUGGUACCACUCGCUUCUGUGCUGGCAUCGUGAGCACGGCCAGGCCCGUGUCCAUAGAGCUGAAGAUGGCAGACUAUUCCAACAAGCUCUACCAGCAGCUGGAGCAAGAGACAGGAGUGAAAACAGGGUACGUGAGGACAGGCUCCAUUUCCCUGGCUCAGACCCAGGACCGGCUGAUCUCCCUGAAACGCAUUGCUUCCUCACUCAGUGUGAUGGGGAUACCUUGUGAAAUCAUCACCCCAAAACAAGUGGCCCAGCUCCACCCGCUGAUCAACAUCCACGACCUUGUAGGGGCCAUGCAUGUGCCAGAAGAUGCAGUGGUGUCAUCUGCCAGUGUGAGUCUGGCCCUGGCAACUGCUGCCUCAAGGAAUGGUGUCCAGGUCCAUGAGAGGACAAGUGUCAGUCAUGUCACAGUGCAGAAGGGGUGUGUGACUGGAGUGGAGACCGACAGAGGACGGAUUGGAUGCCAGUACUUUGUCAACUGUGCUGGCCAGUGGGCCUAUGAGUUGGGCCACUCUGGAGAGGAACCAGUCAACAUCCCUCUCCAUGCCUGUGAACACUUCUACCUCCUGACACAUCCCUUGAAGGAACCUCUGGCAAUAAACUUACCAACUAUUGUAGACCCAGAUGGCAGGAUCUACAUCCGCAACUGGCAAGGUGGCAUCCUCUCAGGGGGCUUUGAGAAGAACCCCAAGCCUCUCUUCACAGAGGGAAGGAACCAGCUGGAGAUUCAGAACCUUCAAGAAGACUGGGAUCACUUUGAGCCACUCCUGAGUGCCCUCCUGCGCAGGAUGCCCGAUCUGGAGGCUCUGCAGAUCAUGCAGCUGGUGAACUGCCCCGAGUCCUUCACGCCAGACAUGCGCUGCGUCAUGGGGGAGUCGCCCACCGUGCAGGGCUACUUUGUGCUGGCUGGCAUGAACUCUGCUGGGAUCUCAUAUGGUGGGGGAGCAGGCAAGUACCUGGCAGAGUGGAUGGUGAAUGGGUAUCCCUCAGAAAAUGUCUGGCCUCUGGAUCUCAAGCGUUUCGGUUCCCUCCAGAGCAGCCGCACGUUCCUCCGCCACCGUGUGAUGGAAGUGAUGCCUCUCAUGUGUGACCUGAAGGUUCCUCGGUGGGACUUCCAGACGGGCAGGCAGCUGAGAACCUCCCCCUUGUACGACCGCCUGGAUGCACAGGGAGCCAGGUGGAUGGAGAAGCAUGGAUUUGAGAGAGUCAAGUAUUUUGUCCCACCUGGGAAAGAUCUGCUGGAUUUGGAUCAGAGCAAAACCUUUUACAAACCAGACUGGUUUGAUAUUGUGGGUUCUGAAGUCAAGUGCUGCAAGGAGGCUGUUUGUGUCAUUGACAUGUCAUCUUUCACCAAGUUUGAAAUAAGUUCCACAGGAGACCAGGCCCUGGAGAGCCUCCAGUACCUCUUCUCCAAUGACCUGGAUGUGCCAGUGGGGCAUGUUGUGCACACAGGAAUGCUUAAUGAGAAAGGAGGGUAUGAGAAUGACUGCAGCAUUGCACGACUGAGCAAACGCAGCUUCUUCAUGAUUUCUCCUACUGACCAGCAAGUCCAUUGCUGGGCCUGGCUGAAGAGCCGUUUGCCCGACGACAACAACCUGACCUUGGAAGAUGUGACCUGGAAGUACACAGCUCUCAACCUGAUUGGCCCCCGUGCUGUGGAUCUCCUGUCGGAGCUGUCCUAUGCCCCGAUGACUGCAGAGCAUUUUCCCUCUCUCUUCUGCAAGGAGAUGAGCGUGGGCUAUGCCAACGGCAUCCGUGUGAUGAGUAUCACCCACACAGGGGAGCCUGGGUUCGUGCUUUAUAUCCCCAUAGAGUAUGCCCUUCAUGUCUACAACGAGGUGAUGAACAUGGGCCAGAAGUACGGGAUCCGGAACGCCGGGUACUACGCGCUGCGCAGCCUGCGCAUCGAGAAGUUCUUUGCCUUCUGGGGCCAGGACCUGGAUGCCUUUACCACUCCCAUGGAGUGUGGUCGUGAGUUCCAGGUCAAGCUGGACAAGGGAAUGCAGUUUGUUGGCCAGGAAGCCCUGCUGGAGCAGAAGCAGAACGGGGUGUACAAACGCUUCACCAUGUUCAUCCUUGAGGACCACGACACAGACCUGGACCUCUGGCCCUGGUGGGGGGAGCCCAUCUUCCGCAACGGCCGCUACGUGGGCAAGACCACCAGCAGCGCCUACAGCUACACCCUGGAGCGCCACGUCUGCCUGGGCUUCGUGCACCACUUUGAUGAGAAGACAGGGGAGAAGCUGGUGGUGACAACUGACUUCAUCAACCAGGGGGAGUACGAGAUCGAGAUCGCCGGGCAGCGCUUCCAGGCCAAGGCCAAGCUCUACCCCUUCAGCUCCCUCUUCACGCAGCGGCGCCGCAAGGACGAGGUGGAACUGAGUGGCUACCAGAGGGAGUAGUGCUGACCACACCUGACCCACCCCCCCUUCCUUUUCCCAAGCUGGGAUCUUCUGCCACCAUCUUCCAGUCUUUUCUCCUCACCCCAGAGAUUUCUUUCUUUUCCUUUCUUGUCUUGCAACUUCUGAACUUUUUUCCCGGCGUGUUGCGUUGUUUUUUUUUUUGUACGUUUUAAACCCUUCAUUUUUCAAAGCUUUCUCCAUCCUCUCUUGUCUCCCUCCUCCAACCCUUUGCUUGCCAGGCUUCCCCCCUGCCCCAGUGGACAAAGCACAGUGCCCAGCAUGCAUCCAGAAGUCCAUGGGAAGCCUGUGCAGGAAUGAACCCCACCAAGAAUGGUGGUGAUGGGAAGGGUUGGGAUGGACCUCACCCUGCUCUCCACGAACCGCACAGCAAUAGAACGAUCAGCUACCUCACUGGCACCAGACAGAGCAUCCCAUGAGCAGCAGCCAAGGGACAGGCUUGGCUACAGCCCAACUUUGGCCACCCAGUGGUUUGUUGGGUUUUUUUUCCUCCCCUCACAGGGGAGUCAAGUAGAUUUAAUCAUCAGACCAUUGAGGUGACGGUGGAGCUGGUAAGUUUGGCAUCGUCGGGUUUGGGUUUUCUUUGCCUGGGUUCACUGACACUAAAUGGCCACUGACACUAAAUGGCCUGCUAGAAAUACAGCUGAAGAUCAACGUGUGUGUUUCACUUCUGGAAAGGCAUGGGAUUUGGGGUUGAUUAGCAAAAAAAUACUGGUUUUUAACAGGGACAGAUGUUAGAGUUUCAUGUUAACUGCAUCGUGCACGGUCUCCUGGGGAUUUGCUUUCACUUCCCUUUGUUGAUGUGGUUUGGUCAAGCUGCUCUGGCAAGAUUCAUGUGGAACUCAUGUUGAUUCGGGGGACUUGAGCAGCAGGAGGUCACAAAAACACAACAUCUUGUGUUUUUAGCUGCCCAGGGUGGUUUUGAAAGGAGAGGCAAAGCCCCAGCAUUGGUCUCAGCCGUGGUGCUGCCAGUAUUGCAGGAAACACCGGGUCUUCUUCUGGUGGGGAGAGAGCAUCUCAGCUCCUGCCUUGCUGGAGAAGUCAUCUUCCAUUUUGCUCCUCACAUCUGUUGCACUUCUUACUUCUCUCUCUUGCUGGUGCCUCAGCUGAAGGGGUGGAACAGAGGGAGUGAAGAGGUGUGACAGUGGGGUUAUAAAUUGCUUUCCUUCAUGCUCCUCAUCCUGAAGUGCCAGGCGGUGCAGCUGGGACUCACCCCUCCUCACCUCUUAACAUGAAGCCACGUGGUGAAGAAGAGGGUGUUGUGUUGCUGAAUUGGAUUGCACACAUUUGCAUCUUCUUCUUCCCAUUGUGAGCACCAUCAGCAGCAAAGAUUGUCUUUAUUUACUUGAAAAACAUCUUCUCUGCCUCCGCCACCUGCAUUCACCUCAUGGUCUUUCUGCUCCAGCGUCUGUCUGAGGUUCAGACACAACCUUGCACUGAUGUUUGCCCUCUCAGCCACCAUGAACACCUGCUCUUUGAUCUAGAAGCCUUUUUGGGGGCACUUUUUGGAAUGGUGAGCAUCAGUAGUGUAAAUGUGAGCUGAGAACUUUGCCUGGGUCUCAUUUUCAGUUUGCUUUCUGUUGUUUUGGGUCAGACCUUUGGUUGAGUCUGCUCUGCCAGUUCAUGAUCCAGGUGUUCUCAGGAUGCAGAAGGAGUCAGAGGGGCCCUAAGGCAGGAAAGGUGAAAGUCCAAAGCCUUUACACCUUAAAACAGGGUGUCAGAGCAAGCUCCCCCAUCCCAGGUGAAACCAUGGAGUGGAGAGUUGGGAAAGGGUGUAAGAGAAUUAAGGAUUUGAGCAUGUGGUGGGGUAGGCUGAGCAGAGUUGUCAGUUCUUGGAGUGUGCCUUCCUCUGGGAAUGGUGAGUUCCUUUGCAGGAUGUGAGCUCCUCAAGGGUUUCAGACUGAUUUUUGAGUCAAUGGGCAACAAUUCCCUGGGCUCUGAAAUGGGAGUGACCACAGCAGGGCAGCUUUUUGGGUGCCCUGCCUGGCUCCUGCGGGGGGCGAUUUUGCUUGGUUGUCAUUUCUUCCAGAUUUCCCCCAUCAUUUGCUCUCUGAAUGGAAAUGUUGCCUGGUGUGUUCAAAAAAAUUGCUUAAAUGGAAGGUUCCUAAGGCCUCUAAUAGCAGUUUAAAAUCCAAUCACUUUUUGCAUGUCUUCCCUGCACAGAGGGAUGCUGUGAUCCUGCUGUUCCUGUGCUGGAUGUGCAUGUCAAGGAGGGUCUUGGUCCCUCCACUGGUUUAAUGGAAUGUUGCUGUGCCUUCCUUAUCCAGGGAAGCAGCUGUUUAACCAAAGAAAGAGUUAUAUAUGUGAUACUUAGGAUGUGUCCCAGAGCAGCCCUUCUGAUGAGAGUUUAUUGACCAUUUGUCAUCACUGGUGGGGCAUGACAGGUCUGCAGGAGGAAGCAAAGUGUACAGCUGAGGUGAGCUGAGGUGCUUCCUGCAGCUCCUGAAGAGAGAUUUUUACCUCCAGUCAUUCAGUUUGUUCUCUGCAGAGUUAAAACUAGUUAAGACCAAACUGGGAAGAAGGCAGCAUCCUGUCCCCUGCCAACCACUCAUCCCUGAAGAACCAUUUCAGUUGCAUUCAAGUUUUAUUUCUCCUUGUCAUUAUUGUUUCUUUUCCCUCCUUUAUAGGUACCUCUUAGUUCCUCAGACAAGUGUCUCUCCCCUCUGACAGCAAAAUUGUGUUUCAUACUUUUGACAUAAUGUCUGCUUAGCUUCAUUUUCUGUCUAAAUCUAUUGACUUUUCAGCACCCAGAGGAGAGAAAAUAAUUGUCCAUCAUUCUAACAGAUCCAGCAGCACUUUCUGUAACAUUCUGUUUGCUGAUUGAGGCUUGAUAACUGUCAGUCUUGCAGCUCAUUAACACCUCCUCUGGCUUUCCCUGCUAUGAGUUCUGAUCCUUGUUUUAUAUCCCAGCCUGCAGUCUCCAGCUGCUGUCCAAGCUGAGCCCAUUUAAUUUUUGGCAGCUAUUUUUAGCCUAACAAUGUUAAAGAACCAGUUUGCUUUCAACUUGCCCCUCGGUGGCUAUUCCCAGUUGGGUAACAUCUUUUAAAGUAAUGGUAGGUGCUGAAACCAAGGUCCUUCUGGUGUCAUAUUUUCUUCUAGAGGUAUGAAAUGGUGAAGUAAGACUUUAAUCCCUUUAUCUGAAAUUAGAGCACCUAAAAAAAACCCCAAACAAACAACAAAAUCAGUGGAAGAGUUUCUGCCUUCAGAGGAGAAAAUGAGAAACUGGAUCUUGGAAGCUGUGGUGACACAGAUUUACCCUCCAAGGUGGUAAAUUAAUGUGGACUGUGAAUGAUUCUCACCCUUAAAACUGCCUUUCCUGCUGAGAAAGGCAGUUUGUCCUCAUUCUGCUUGGUGGGGCUAUGAACCUAGGGUGGGAAACACUAAAACAGAAGCUCUGCCCUGUGCCCCUCUUGCCCAGCAGCUGCAGGGCUGUUCCCAGUGCUCCCAGUCUUGCUCUCCAGGAUCCUGUGGAUUUUAUCCCUGCAGGCUGAGAGAAACCCUUGAAGGGAAGCUGACUGGAGCUUGGCAUGAGGAAAUAAUGGACCUUUUUGGCUACAGUCUCCCAUUUUAGGAUAAACUAAGGGAAGUUUGGUCCUUGGGGGGGAAGUGCCACUGCAGGGGGUGUGCACUUGGCACACAGGGUUGUGUUGUCUCCCCCCAGAAGGCAGCAGCUGAGUGGGUUUUUGAUGUGGCAGUGGUGAAACUACCUAAAUGAACAUUGUUCCUCUACCCUGGGAAGGGUUUUCUUGCCCAGGUAUCACCUGUGGAGUAGUGGGGGGGGACCUGAGCAAGGGGCAACACCUGCCCUGGGCAACCUCUGCCAGGAAAUGUUUUUUUCCAGAGGCAUGAUGUUGUCUGAGCCCUGCUGCAUCCUUUCUGAAUGAUCAUGUUUUGUCCUUGAGUGGGUGCUGACAGGCUUGGAUAAAAGUGGUGUUGGAGAAGAAGGACUUUGUUGUUCAUAUUUAAUGAUCUGAGGAUAAAAUUAAUGCUGUUAGGAGGGAUGUUUUCUGCUUCAGGAGGGUGAAUUUUUCACAUCUGUCUUUGCCAGGCUUAGUUUCUUCUUGUUUCCUCUCUCUUGUUUUCUUCUGCUGGCUCCAGUAUCCAGAUUGGAUGUGCCUUGAUGGGCAGUUUCUUGUUCUUCUUGUGGCAAGGAGGGGAAACUGUGUGAGACCUCCAGAACUUGGACACCUCCUUUCUCCUGCUGCAUUCAAGCUGCCACCAGUCACGUUGCUGUUCCAGCAGCACCUCUGAGCUCAGCCCAUGCUGCUGCAGGACCUCUCAUGCACAAGGUUCUUCUCUUUGUUCCACUUGGUCCUUUAUCAUCUGGGCCAGGCUGACUCUUAAGUCUGUCUCUCUGCUUUCAUUUAAGCUCUUCAGCUUCUGGAUGGUGGAGAUCCCAACAUCCAGACUCCCAGGUGGGUUUGUGGCUGCUACAUAUGCCAUCCUUUAUCCCUCCCUCUUCCUGCUCCAGGAUUUUCCCACUCUUCUUACCACUCCCCAGUCUCCUUCCUCAAGCAGCAGAGCACAUGUUGCCCAUCAGAGAGCAAGGACAGUGACAUCAAACCAGGCAGGGGAGUGGCAGAGGGACUGAGCAGGGUGGAAGGAGAGGCCUGAUGGUGGUUGGACCCUUUGCCCACAACUCAACCACUUAAUCCCAGCCUUGGAGAGACGAGCAGCUUUUCUCUUUCAAACCUUAUUCUUACCUGCCUGGUUGGAUUCUUAUUUUUUAAAAGCAUUCAGUCAGGGAACAGGACUUGGGGAGAGGAGGGGGUUCAUGUCAUCAGAGGACUUCAAGCUGCCUCUCAAAAAGCAUUUGAACAUUUUAUUUGCACUUUAAACUUUUCCUUGAGCGUGGAUGAUUGUAGCCUGCUCAUAGCCCUCAGCUGGAGCAACCUUUGCAUUUGAGGGGGACAAAUACCCACAGCUUGAACUCUUUGUAAAUGCCUUAAAGCUUUUGGUGAGGUGUUUGGGCACUGAUGGUGCCUGCUGGUGGGAUUCUCUCCUGCUGUGUUGAGUGUACAGAGCAGACAGGAGCACUGGCAGAUAGUUCUGAGCAAGCAGUGGGGGUGGUGGGAGCUGCUGUUGCUGCUCUGAGCAUGGAAGUGGUGCUGGACGAAACUGAGUGGACUGGAAGCCCCUGUGCCUCUACAGCUGUCUGUGCUGACACCUUCCCUUUUGGGUUGUUGUUUUUUUUCACCCCCUAGAAAUGGAUUUAUUCACUUUUCUUCAAAGAGAGAAGCCUGGGCUGGUGUGGAGGGCUCAGGGAGUGUCCCCUUGCGUGAAAGGAAAUCAUUCCCUGCUUGAAGGCUUCCCUGCUGCAGGCAGGAGUCAGGAGGGGAGGUGCUGCUGCCCGGGAUGUUUGUGGAGGUGGCUCUGAGGCUUCUCAGCUCCCAUUUGUCCCAAAGCUCUGCAGGGUUCCCCGUGUCAGGCUGCCCUGUGAGACACAGCACGAAGCCCGUGGAGCUGCCCCCGGGUGCUGGGUGGCUUUGGUCAGGAGAAGGGAUCUCUGUGAGGAGCAGUGGUGCCUUGUAAUGAGAGAGGCACCAGAGAACAGUGUUGACAUUCCUAUUUAUUGGUUUGCCAAGGCUGGGAGAGGCAGAGCAGACACUUGGUGGGCCUCAGCCAUCCCAAGCAGGGCAUGAUCCGUUCUGGUCCUGCCCUGUCACCUCUGACCAUGGAGAUUUCUUCCCUGCUACAAAGAAUUUCCCAUGCUUUUCCUGGGGUGGGACAGGUUUCACUCCCACCAGUCUUCCAAUGUAACCAGAAGCAGACUGAGCUCCCUGGAGGCUUCUCCUGCAUCCCGUGGUCAGGCUUGCAGCAGGACACGUCCCUGCUCCUUAUGUGCUUCCGUGGGACGGGCAGGCCAAGCCACACUUGGGGGCAGAGCAGCACAUGGUGCUGGGGGUGCAGUUGUUUCCAGAGCCUGCCAGGCAGCUGGGUGCUGGGUGGUCGUGUUCCCUGUGUCUUCAGGAAGAGGUGGGGAAAAGCUUUUUGGGUCUAGAUCAGCUCCUGGCUGCUGCUCCUGAGCCCACGUGGUUCCUUUCUGCUCUGUUCUUAGUGUCCAGGUGUGAUGGCUCCCACCUGAGCUCUGGGGGAGAAGGGCUCCCCUCUUCUCAGACAAGUACCCCAUGAGACAACCCUCUUGUGCAGGGCACCAGUACAUCCCUUCUCCACCACUGCUUCUGGUUGGUGGGUACACCACUUCCCUUGUCCCCAAACCCCUUCAUGCUUGUACCAGUCUCCCGAGACCAGGUGUUUAAAGGGCUGGGAGGAGUUCUGAAGUGUUCUGCUGCUGAAAUUUGAAGAACAAGUGAAGUUUGAACCUGUGGAAACCAUUUUUCUAGUGCCUUAUGCUUGUGAAUGUUGUGCAAUGGAUGUAGCUGAGGUGGGACAGGGCGAGGAGCAACCUCAGGUGUGGUUGGUUCACCAUCCACUGCAGCCAUCUCCUUUUCCCCUCGCAAGGGUCUUGGCCAGCAGACACCAACAGGUCAUCUCUAGCAGCUGGGGGAUGCUUUUUAAAAUCUCUUGGGAGAUCUGGGGUUGUAGAAACGUUGGGACUGGAAAACCCUCCUCCUGGUUGAUCUGCCUGGCAGAGGAGUGAUGGUCUCACCUCAGCUGCUGUUGGCUUUGGAGGGGGUUGAGGAGGGACAAAGCUGCUCCGAGCGCUCGACCCCGUGCUGGGGGAUGUGGGCACUUGUUCCCAAACGCACAAGCCAGGGUGAGUUUGCUGCUCUCCACCAAGGCCAUGUUGUCACAUGUGCUGUAUUUAUAUCGUGCUUGAUUUCAUGGAAUAUCUGGGUUGGCUUUGGUGUUGUUAGGUUUGUACAUGAAUAAAGAGGCGUUUUAACUA